AUGAAUGGGUCUGUCUUAUCUAUUCAAACUGUCGAACUCUUGCUGUUUGUUAGAGACACAGUCUAUAUCAACAACUUCAACGAUUACCAGCUCUCCUACAAGACCUUAUUGACCAUACCUCAAGCCAAUAUGAAGUGGAGAAUAAUUGUUCUUGCAGCAAUUACGACCCUGUAUUCACCUGUCAACGCACACAGUUAUGCCUGCAUCAUUACAGGUGAAUCUGGUGAUGAUAACUGCCCACAAGGCUCGUGGAAGGCCUGUAUUUUUAGACCAAAUGCUGGGACAGGAAAGAAAAAUAAAUGUCCUAACAAUUACCCUUACGAAAGGCACUGGACGGGCACAUGGAUUGACUAUAAUGCUGCCUGCGGCUUCGAUAAACAAGGGGGAUAUGGUUGUGUAUGGAAAUGA